CGUCCUGCCCUGUCCUGUCGUCACCUUCGAGUUCGACUUCAAGUUCUGGACAGCAGCUCCCAAGGACCCCGACCAAAACUCUCAGACCAUGUUUCAAAGGUGACAAUAAUUCUGAAAAUCUUCGCCGUCUAUCCCACCACUUUCGUUUCUCCAACAUCCGCAAUGGCGACCCCACGAACCCUCCUCCGGCCUCUCCUCCGCGGGCCAUCACCGAUAUCAUCAAUCCGCCAACAACGCCGUGCCUUCCUGCCCAAUCCCUUCCAAUCCGCUCUCAACCCUCUCGCGAGUAGUUCUACUACUCCGCAAACCCUCACUGCGACCCGCACCCUGCCCUACCCAUCGCAACCAAUCUACUCCAUCGUCUCAGACGUGCAAAGCUACUCGCUCUUCCUCCCAUACUGCCAAUCCUCAGCUGUGACGCAGUGGUCCUCACCCGACGCAGCCUACGCCCGCCGCUGGCCAUCCGAAGCCUCACUCGUCAUUGGUUUUGGGAACCUUACUGAACACUUCACCUCGCGCGUCUUCUGCGUACCGGGUCGCAUCGUCGAGAGUAUAGGUGGAGCGACCGAGACGGAUCUCCCGCGCGUGGAUAUCGCGCACCAUCUAGACGGUGCCAGAGAUGCGGAGAAGGUCGGGGCCAAGGGUGCGAGUAAUGGGUUGAUGACGCAUUUGAAGAGUCGCUGGACGAUUGAAGGCGUUGGAGAGAGGAGCACAAGGGUUAGAUUGGAUUUGGAGUUUGCCUUUGCAAAUCCGCUCUAUGCUACGUUGAGUGCCGGGGCUGCGCCCAAGGUUGCGGAUAUAAUGAUUAGAGCCUUUGAGGAGAGGGUGGGGUCCUUGUUGGAGGGAGAUCUCGAGAUGGCAAAGGCAGAAUUGGGAGAGCUGGAUGGGAGUCGAGUGAAGAAAUAA